AUGACAAUAGGAGUGCUAAGAAUCCAUGAUGAUAGGAGUUAUGCUGGUAGUGACAGAAAGAGCGACAGCACUGCGAUUUCAAAAGAAGAAGACAAAGUGGGUGAAUUGUCAGCAGAGAAGGGGAGAACAGAGGCGCCAGCUGUUACUGAAAAGAAAGACAGAGUGAUUACAAGUAAUGAAAACACAAAGAAGCCUGAAAAUACAGCCAGUUCAAAAAGCAAGGAGAAAGAAGAGAAGACCCAGCAGCAGACAGGUCAUAAAGAACGGGACUUUGUCAACCAUAGAGGGCAUUCUAGCAAUAAGGAGCGUGGUCAAUCAGGGACUGGUAAGAGGAGACAUGUAGAGAACAAAAUUGAACAACCAGUUGUCGAGCACCACAUCGAAAAGCCAGUGAUUAAAGAAGAACACAGUUUGGAAAAUUUGCAUGGUUCUGAAGAGAAGGCGCGCAGGGAACAUCAAACAGCACAGCGGCCUAGCAUGAAAAUGAAACGAGAGCAGCAAAAUCAUCGUUGGGAGAAUGAAAUGGAUAGGGACCAGAAAAUCGUCAGGGAUCGGGGUGGCCCUCAAAGACAGAAUUGGACUGACCGUCGAAACAGGGAGCACGAGCUGGAUAACCAUAAGACUAAUAACAAAGUUGAAGAGAAACCUGAUAAGGGUACAGUAUCUGCUGAGAAGGAUGACAUAAUUCAAAGAGAUGAAUGGUAUAAUGCAGGCAUUGAGAAACAGGCCACUGAGGUAUCUACUAGGGUGGACCGUGGCAGCAACGCCAGAAGUUUUGAUCAGGGUGAGCGUCGAAGGGGGCACUACAAUAGAUACAGAAAUAAUCAUCAAAAGAACAAGGCCUCGUAUACAAAUGGCUAUGAAAGGACUGAUUCAGAGCCUGGUAGAAACAGAAGCCACGGCGAUGCUAUUAACAAGGGUAAGGGUCCCCCCUCCGAUGAAAGCAAGGUUUACCAGAAGGAAGCAGGUGUUGGUUUAUCGGGUGAAGAAAAGUCGCAAACGAACAUUGGUAAUCUUAACGGGGAAACCAAGUCAAAUACCGCUAACUCUAGCAGUUUAGUACCCGCUGUGACACCCUCUCAAGGCACAAAAACCGCCGGAGCUAAAACUACAGAGGAAAAUUCACAAGGGGAAAAGCGCCAAGACAAAAAAGAUCCAUCCGUCGAUACCCAAGCUCAAAAGCCUUAUACUCAUGACAGGCUGCCGCAAAGAACCAGAAAUAAUAGAGGACAGUACUAUCGAAAAAAGAAUUACAAAGGAAGUGAUAAUCGUGGUGACGUCAUCACAAAGAACGACGAAAAAGACUAUCGAAAUGAGAAAACUUUUGACAAGAAGAGGACUGCUCAUGGGGUGGAAAACGGGUAUUCCGAAGGUAAUUCAACUUCAACAAGAAGUGUCCGUUUACCUGGCAAAACAGAAUCAAAGAAUGAAGUUAACGACAAAAGAUCUGAUGCAAAUAUGAAGGGCAAGUCCGCUGUUUCUAAUCACAAUAGUGACGUCAGUGGAAAGAAGCACGACUCAGUGACUUCCAAUGGUAUCAAGGAAGAGCAUGGGGUGAAACCCGCGUAUUCAAAGAAACAGAACUCUACUGCCAAUUCUAAUAAACCUCGGGAGAUUUCAUACCAUAAUGGAACGCAUAAUGACGAUACUCGCAAAGUUAAAGAUGUGAAUGAAAAUUAUAGUACCUGA